AGACCGACGCUGUCGGAGGACGGAGGCGUCCGGUACCGCGCUCCGCCGGGGAGAGGCGAUCGGGUGGAGUGACGGGUCGGAUGGUGCAGGUUUUGGUCUGUGCGGAGAGUGGUGAUUGGCGAUCUGUUGUUGGUGUGACUAACAUUGAUGAUAGGCGAGAGCAGCGUAUUGUGGUCACCUAUAUUUUGUUGCACGAGCCAUCGUCCGCGAAUAGCGCCAGGAUCACUCCUGUCAGCUCAUCCAUCAGACGACAGGGAGGCUCUGCACCCCGACAACCGUAUACGGCUGGUGCUGAUGACCUGUGUGAGACGAGCCUGUCACCUGCGAGCUUCUCUGACCUAUUGGCGGAGUCCAUACGAGCUGAAAAUCACAGCUUGUGUAAUGGCUGAGAGCUGGCGCUUCUAGCUCAGCGGCAGUGACUGAGUGUCGGGGAUUUCAUUUCAGCAAAGUGACUGAAUGACUAACGCGACGUGCUGUGACUGGGUAUCGUCUCGCUGAGCCUGGUGCAGUGACUGAGUUAGCUCUGAUUUCGCUGACCGGUGACUGGAGUGCUGAUUUAUUCUGUGGGUGACUGACCCAAAGACCAUCCACUCAACGAGCGAAUAUCAGUGUUAACUUCGCGGAGUGGCGGCAAUCUCCACAGUCGGUGACUCGCGGCCUGUAGGGGCUGCUCGAUGGUGCGAACCGCGUGACCCGGCCGACUGCGGAGGUCACUGUGGGUGACUUACGGCAGCUGCAGCGGCCGACACGGAGAGAGUGCUGCCGGGAGAUAUGGCCUCACCACUGGGGACUGCAGUCGGCUGGCUGGUCUCCUGGCUGCUGUUACAAACUGGCAUGACACUCUGGGAAGGUGCCGUUGCGUCAUCUACGUCGGUGCUGCGUUCGUCACUGCGCCUGCCCUCGGGGCCUAAACUGCUGCUGCAGCACUCUCCAAACGUCACAGCGCCGCUGAACGGAACGGCGAUUCUCAACUGUCGGAUCCGACACAUCGGAGCCAGACAGGUGUCCUGGGGUCGCGACAUCGAGGUGCUGACCGGCGGCUUAUCGCGGUUCACUGACGACCGCCGGUUCCAGCCGCUGCACCAGGAGUACAGCCAGGACUGGGGCCUGCGCAUACUGUCCGUGCGGGCCUCGGACGCCGGCUGGUACUUCUGCCAGAUCAGCACGUCGCCGCCCGUCUCACAUCAGAUCUAUCUGAAUGUAGUGGAGCCGCAAGUGGAGAUCGUGGGCGCUCCCGAGCUGUACAUCAAUCGUGGCAGUGACGCCACUCUCACCUGCAUUAUCCGUGGGGCCCACAAGGCCCCCGAGAACGUCCGGUGGACCCACGACAGCAAGCUGGUGCAGUAUGACCUGUCCAGAGCCGGAGUUCGCAUCAGAACAUACCGGGAAGGCAACAAUAGCAUCAGCAAGUUUCUGAUCGAGCGGGCCAUGCCGUCCGAUUCUGGAGAGUACUUCUGUGACCCGGAUGGCCUCCAGCAGGUCAAGGUCACUGUUCACAUACUCAAUGGCGAUCACCCGGCGGCUAUGCAGACCGGGGGUCAGCCGUGUCACCGCGUGACCUCGGCAGUGGCCCUCCUCUGCUGCUGGCUUCUGCUGCUGCUGACACCGACCAGUCCCUGCUAGCCGACCAGCUAAGGUCAGCCCGUCGGCUCGCCCCCGCGGAUAUAAACCAGCGCUACUGACUGUCGCCUCCGACACCUCCCGAUUGUGAGCCAGUGGAUCUCACAGAAUGGUUCGGUGCCGCGGGGAACGUCGCUUCCCCUUUGACAUGGGGGUGGUUCUUCUGAAUGCCCGGCGUCUGUGAAGUGAAAAGCUGACUCGACUGUGUCUGUGAAUUGAAACGCGGACCCGGUGUCUCGGAACCGGAGGGGAUUUAAUUGUGGCGAUGAGCGGUUAAUGAGGAACAAUGAAGGGGUGUGUGCCCGCCCAAAGGGACCGGUCACAGAGUAAUGAGGUGUGAGCCUUUGAUGACGGAUCUGGAGGGGGCCCGACAAUGUAUCCCGCGGCCGACCACCUGUGAUCUCCGAGGUCAAAGACAGUUCUGGUGCUGACGGCAGAUCAGUGUGAGGUGUGAAGGAACAAUGGUGUUCCUUCACCAUUGGGACUGAGGACUGAGGAGCCUCCCAGGUGGCUCUCCGGCGGCCCUGUCGGAUGAAAUGGAACAAUGUUCUGCCACCAGCUCUCGUGAUGGGAUAGCUGUUGUCGAGAAGAAGCAGUUUUGUCAAAGGAGCAGAUCCAUUUACAACACUCCGGCGACAGUUACGGCGAGCAGAGACAGUUGAGGCUUGUCGGAGACAGCUGCGGCGCGAUGGACACAUGUGUGUUGCUGGCGACGGACUGCAGCUGUGUUGCCAUGGUGAUGAAAUGUGUUUAUGUUUCCACGGGAACUUGUGAGCAUACAGGACUUUGGCACGAUACGAAUUUACCGGCACGAUACGAAUAUCAUUAUGUUAAAAAUGAUGCGUGACGUCAUUAGCGGGCGCAGGAAAGCAAGGUGGAAGAAGUGUGACUUUUCGAGUGAUGCGAACGUGAAAACGAGACAGUGUUUCGUCUCUAACGUUUUGCUUUGUCGCAGAUGAUUUAGACGAAUGAAUGCUGGUGCUUUGACUGUAUGGUGUAAUGUAUCAGUACUACGAUUUCCGUGAUCCAAUUUGAAUUUGUCAUGACAUGUUUGUCAUACAUUGGCUUAUUCUUGCGAAGUAGGGUAGUGAGAUACGUAAGGUGCGUUUUCACCAAAAAGUAAGGAUGCAUUUGAAACAACGUGAUAGCUGCUGAGGCUAACUGCAAGCACGUUUCCAUCUUUGUUUCUUUCCAUCGCUACAACACCAUGAAUGCAUGGGUGAUGGGUGAGCGCAUUUCCUUUGAAGUGUGGAAACAAUUAUAUAUACAGGAAUCAAAAGUAGCUGUUUGGUACGCAUUGCAGACAUGUGUUCUGUCACCUAAAAUGUGUGCGUCUGCAGCUGCACCUAGGCGUAUAUUGAUA